CUUCCCCUUCAAUUCACUUCCACUACUACAUCGCUGGAAAAUGGCUAACCAUCCUCCUCCUAGCGCUGUCCUGCUCCCCCUCGCGGUUUCCUUACUGGUGCUGGCCAACGGCUGCCUCGCCACCGAGGCCGAGGCCGACCGGGUGGGCCGUAGGCAGCCCUCUCUCCGGGGAAAGGGAGAGAGCGAGUGCCAGCUCGACCGUCUCAACUCUCUCGAGCCCACCAACCGGAUCCAGUGCGAGGCCGGCGUCAUCGAAACAUGGGACCCCAAUGAGGACGAGCUCCGGUGUGCUGGCGUCGCCGUUGUCCGCCACAUCAUCGAGCCCAAUGGCCUCCUCCUACCUUCCUUCGCUAAUGCACCUCAACUCAUCUUCAUCGAACAAGGUAGGGGUAUUCAAGGGUUGGUACUGCCGGGAUGUCCCGAGACAUUCCAGCAGUCUCAAUUCGGUGGCGGCCGAUUCAGCGGGGGCGAAGAGGAGCUUGGCAGGCGCGGACCCCGGUUCCAGGACCGGCACCAGAAGGUGCGCCACUUCAGGGAGGGCGAUAUCCUGGUCUUGCCCCCCGGUACAGCUCACUGGGUCUACAAUGAAGGCGACAGACCCCUCGUUGCAAUCAUCCUCCUAGACACGACUAGCAGUCUCAACCAGCUCGACAUCAACCCGAGGAGGUUCUAUCUCGCCGGAAACCCGGAGAACGAGCAUCAAGUCCAAGGCCAGAGAGGGCGCCACAGCCAGCAGCAGCAGCAGCAGCCCUUCGCCCGCCCCGGAGGCCGAGGUGGAGGCAGCGCUUGUGACAACAUCUUCUGUGGCUUCGACGCAGAGCUCCUGGCGGAGGCGUUCAAUGUGGAUAUGGAGACGGCGAGGAGGCUCCAGAAUGAGAACGACAACCGGAACAACAUCGUGCGGGUCGAGGGCCGCCUUCAGGUCGUGAGGCCCCCUAGAAGGCAGAGCGGGUGGGAGAGGGAAGGCGAGAGCGAGAGGGAGAGGCAUAGGUACGGACGGCGCUCAUCGAGGAGGGAGACCGAGUGGUGGAGGCCCUCGAGGAGGGAGCCUGAGUGGGAGAGGGAGACUGAGUGGGAGAGGGAGCGGCCCUCUCCGAGGAGGGAGACUGAGUGGGAGAGGGAGAGGCGGCCCUCGCCGAGGAGGGAAACCGAGUGGGAGAGGGAGAGGGAGAGGGAAAGGUACCAAGGGCGUGGUGGUCGUGGCGGGCGCUGCGAUGGCCUCGAGUGCAACGGCAAUGACAACAAUGAUAACGGCAUCGACGAGACCCUCUGCACCAUGAGGCUGAGGGAGAACAUCCAGGAUCCCGCUCGUGCUGAUAUCUACACCAGGCAAGCCGGUCAUAUAAGCACUCUCAACAGCCACAACCUUCCGAUCCUCUCCUGGCUCCAACUCAGCGCCGAGUACGGUCGCCUGCAUCAAGACGCUAUCAUGGGGCCGCACUGGAACUUGAACGCGCACAGCGUGAUCUACGCAUUAAGAGGGCGGGCCAGGAUCCAGGUUGUGGACAACAACGGGCAGGCCGUGUUCGACGAGGAGCUCCAGCAGGGGCGGAUCCUGGUGGUCCCGCAGAACUUUGCGGUCGUGAAACGGGCUGAGAACGAGGAGUUCGAGUGGGUCUCGUUCAAGACCAGCGACAACGCCAUGAUCAACCCACUUGCGGGCAGGACCUCCGUCAUGAGGGCACUCCCCGAUGAGGUGAUUGCGAACGCGUACCAGAUCUCGAGGGAGGACGCCAGGAGGCUCAAGUACAGCAGGAAGGAGAGCACCUUGUUCAGGGCGGCGUCGGGUUCCAUGAUCCAGAGGAGGGCCGAGGCUUGAGAGCAAUGGAUGGGAUGGAUCCAUGUCCUGUUCGUGGAUGAGUUCCUUCCUAGUACUUUACUACGUACGUACGGCUUCCAUCCAACCUAGGAGUACUAGAUUUGAUGUCGUUUUUGUAGUCAGGGUACUUAAGCUGUGUACGUAAUAGGCCUUAUAUAUGGCCUUUUUUUUUUCUCGAACAAUCAAUAAAAUGAAAGAGUACGUAAAUGGCUAAUAAUAAAUAAUGACUCUUCUACC